UUUUACCUCAAGGUCCCCAUUUAGGAGUAAACAGAACUGCUAUAAAGACCAAGACCAGUAACAAUGCAACACAGUUGAGUUUCAGUAACUCGUACGAUAAUGUAUACACCAAUAGCAUUUUUAAUAUUUGGAGUUUUAGGUGGCGUUGUAGCCUACAAUGUGCAUCGAGAACUACCAUAUAACACAGGCCCUUAUUAUGACCCUUACACAGUCGAAGUAAACUCGAAUUUCGGAUUAGAGCCAUCCCAGCGUCUUUUUUGGGGUAGUCAGGGCGGUAAUCAAGUCGGUGGAAAUGGUGGGCUAUGGUCCAAAAUAACCAAUAAAUUUCCUUUCCUAGAGAAUAUUUUUGGACGAAUGCAAUUGGCACCUGAAUAUGGUGUCCCUGGAGUACAACAGCAUUAUGGACCACCAGCACAGUUUCAACCAAAAUAUUACCACGGGCAAUAUCAACAGCAGUUCCUGCCAGCUUUUGGUCGUGACGUCGCCUUCACUGACGACGCAGUUAUAAUAACUCCACCUGAAGUGCCUAUCGUACCUCAACCUAUACCGCAACCAGAACCGCAACCCGGUUACCAUUACAGCAAGCCCCAAAACAGACUCGAACUACCCCCAAAAUAAUUGACGUCUAUUUGCGUCUAGACCAUAAUCAAUAUAAUGAGCUUCCUGAAAUUGGUAUUUUUACGGGUAUUCAAAAUGACUUAAGGCUCUCUCAACAGUAUUAUUUCAUACUGAAUUAAUUUAUGAACUUAAAUAAAAACAUACUUUUUAUUACAUAACAAUUUUAUUUAAUUUAAAAUAUCAUCCAUCCACUACGAUUAUUAAUCAACUUACAAAUAUAGUGAUAGUAAGCUUUUUAUUCGUGUCUACUUCUAACAAAAUUUUAUAAUCUAAUAGUAUUGCUCGCGUUAUUUACAAUUAAUUUGAAACCGAUGCCUCUUGGUCAUAAUAUC